AUGGCUGGCACCACCACACAGACAUCUACAAUACAAGUGACAAAGCAAACAGGCGCGACGACCCUGUUUGACCUGGAACCUGUUGUUCCAACGCCAUCCAACAUUGAAACCAUCACAUCUAACAACUUACCACUACCAAUAGCAGUAGGUCAUAAUAGUAUCUCAACGCAGCAACCUACUUCUCCAAAAGCACCGCCGGGCACAGUAUACGGCGCGGUUUACUCUGGUGUGCCUGUCUACGAAUGCAUAGUAAAUGACGUCGCCGUAAUGCGACGACGUCCGGAUUCUUAUUUGAACGCUACACAGAUCCUCAAGGUGGCGGGACUGGAAAAGGGAAAACGUACGAAAAUUAUUGAGAAGGAGGUGCUUAUGGGUGAACACGAGAAAGUGCAAGGAGGUUAUGGCAAGUACCAGGGAACCUGGGUUCCAUACGAACGUGGGAAGGAAUUGGCAGAACAAUACGGGGUAUUCGAAAUCUUGAAACCAAUUCUAGAAUAUAAACCACCUCGACCAGAUGUACUCAUUAGCGCAUCUACAUCCCCGUCAAUAUCAUUCGCUAAUUAUGCACCAACAAAGGAAAAUGAUGUGCAGUCACAAGUGUUCAAAGAACAAUCAUUUAUCGAACAUUUGGAUAAGGAGAGCUUAAUCAGUGAAUCAGCAAUCAGCGGAGAAUCAAUUCUCAAUGAGCAUGGAGAGAAAGAACAAUCGACUGAAGAUACGGGUUUCGAAGAUAGUUCAAGUAAUGCUGAAAGGGUUGGAGAAUUCGAGCAUUCGUUAGGGGAAAGCGAAGUUGAGGAAAUCAUAGUCAGAAAACAUGAAAGCGUGAUAAAAAAACAAGAUAACCAAGAAUGCGAGAACGGAAAUCAUGCGGUAGUAGAAGAUGAACGCGUGAUUCAAGAACGCGAAAAUGAAAAGCGCGUUGAGCACGAACGCGAAGCUGCGCAACACGUCAUCGACGAUCACGAAGAUAUAAUACCACAACGCAGAGAAUCAAAGGGUAAGGAACCGGAAGUCGUGUCUACAUUAAGUGAAGAAGGAUCAUUGGCAAUUUCUCAAACACAGACUCAAAUAAAUGGAUCCUUCGAAUAUCAAAAGUCAUCACCGGAAGAAUCAAGCGGCAUACUAUUACCUUUAGAUCUCCACGAUUCGGAUACUCCUACCCGAAAUUAUCUGUUAACCUUAAUAUUUAACGAUAAUCCGGAACAAAUGCCAAGUCCCAUUCAAAUCAAUUCAGAGAUUGAUUUUGAUAUAAAUCAAUCAAUAGACGCGUAUGGACAUUCGAUGCUUCAUUGGGCGGCUGCACUAGGGAGAUGUCAAGCGCUUGAGCUAUUGUUGACAAAAGGCGCCAAUGUGAAUCAGACAAAUUCUGCAGGGGAAUCUGCAUUAAUACGUGCAGUUACAUGGACAAAUAAUUAUGAACAUGGGACUUUCCCUGUGGUAUUAAAUCUUCUUCACGAUACCAUCCCACUCACGGAUAAUAAUAAUCGAACCGUAUUUCAUCAUAUUGCAAUGAUGGCCGAGAAAGAGGCGCAUGUUUCCUCUGCAGAAUACUACAUGGAAUGUUUGAUGCAUUGGAUAAUACAAAAUGCAGAAGGGAAUUUGUCAUCAAUCUUAAAUCAUCAAGAUAAAUUUGGUAACACAGCGCUAAUUAUUGCUGCAAAGGCAAAUAACGUCAAGAUAGUACAGAUGUUGGAACAAACGGGAGCUAGCCGUCUAAUCGAGAAUAAUAUUGGAUUAGAUGUCGGAGAUUUUAGUGUGGUAGCGGCAGAAGAAAUGAAAGUUGAUGAAUCGAUGGUUCAAGGAAGCGAGGUCGCUAGUAAUUCCAUCACGACUAACGCUCUCCAAAAGAUUGUCGAUGAAGCGGAAGAGGAAUAUUUAGAACAAUUAAAUAGUAAAGACCAGAUGAUUGAAGAGACGCGUAGGGAAGUCUAUGCGAAACACGCAAUUCUAGAUCAAACGAACGAAAAGAUUCAAUAUUAUCGACAAAAAGAGAGGGAGAUUUAUGAAAUUGAAUCGCGGAUACGAUAUCUCGAGAAAACAUUGAAGGACGAACAAGAUGUGGCUCGCAAACGUGCAAGGUAUGAUAAUAAUACUAAUGGAUAUCAAGGUUCACGACUAGUCGACACAUCCAUUGUUGAAUUGGCGGUCCCUGCGAAGACAGAGAUAACUUUGACUGCGCCUAUGAUUACUUCAUCCGGAAUGUCCACAUCUCUUCCAAAGCCUGUGCCAUUUGCAUUAUCCUCUAAGGAUGCUGCACGACCAACACAAACAAUAACAGAACCUACAUCUACAUCGAUAACAGACUCUUCUGCGAUCAACGAAUCUAAACAGCUCCAAGCGAAAUUAGCAGCUUUUACUAACGGAGAAGCUGAAAUCCAACAAGAAAUUGCGGCGAUUAAUCGAAACACAGCAGACAUUGAAGCAAAAUAUAAAGCGAUAAUCGCAUCCUGCUGCGGUAUUGAACCUGAUCAAGUGGACAGUUUACUCGACAGUUUAUUACUUGCUGUUGAGAGCGAUGGCUCUGACGUUGACAUUGAUAAGAUGAUGACCUUGAUGCAAGCUGCCGAUCAAGUGGAAAUGGAAUCAUAA